AUGGACUAUGACUGCAUACCGAACAGCAUCGCUGAUGAAAGCGUCAAUGACAUAAAUACAGGCAUUUUUCACAAUUUUAGUAAAAAUUCUUUUACACUUACGGUGAGGUCAAUGUUCGGUAACAACGUAAACACCACGACAGACCUAAUGCUGCCAAUACUAUUAGAUAUGGCGAAUCUAAUCAGACGUGCUGUCAGACCAGGCAAACAAUUAAGAGAAGUCAAAUACCCACCGCCUCCCCAGCAAAUGCUUAGGCGGUCCUUCACUGAAGACGUAACAUACAUUGACGAUGACAUUGAGUUAGAUCCAGAAACAAACACAAAUGAACAAACUGAUAACAUUACCAGUAAAUCUGAACACAAUAAUGCAAAUCAUCAAGUCACUAACAAAAUAACAACCCCGAUGCCUUUACAUCUCAGAUUUCGAACCAGAAGGAUUUUGCCACUUAGGACCAACAAACCAACAAUAUCGAACAAACCAGUACAAGAUCACAACAGAACAACAACGCAUGACUCUAAACAAAAAGAAAACAACACAUUAAUAUCUCAUAGUGAAGUCGAUAAGAACGUGUCAACUACAAUAGAAGCAUCUACAUCAUCGAGAGGAAGAUCAGCCUUCAAGACUUUUGCUGACAAUACUACUGAUCUUACAGCCGCUGCAACCAAUCAGACCCUUGCACAAGACCUGCCCGUUGCUGAAAAAUUGAGAGCUUUCAACAGAUAUAUUGACAGAAAAAGUAACUUGAUAAGACGUGGAACAUACCCACCCAAGCCACCAUUGGCGCGUCAUACUACAGCUGAGUCAACGGUCAGCCCCGUAGUCAGCCGACGUCGCCCAGCCCCUCCAAGGAAGCUUCCCAGUGCAGCAGCAGAUCAGGCGAAGUGUGAACUCUUCACUAAUACAUUGUGUCUUCACGCAGAUGAUUAUCCUACGGAAGCAAUAGUGCAAUCAAUAAGAAGGAAUAAAGCUGCAGCUGGAGCUCUGUUGGCUGACUUCAAAGACCCUGGAGAGAGUGCAGUUGACGGGGUCACUGCAGCACAAGAAGCGAAGUAUACGGCCGAGCACUACCUCGUAUCUAAUAGGCGAGGCGAUACUGCUAAUAGGGAUUUUGCGGGAGCUGGUGAAGCUGGAUUUAUGUGUCCCAGUACAGUAAAGUAUGCGCGACCACAACGUGCGCGGGCUACAUCUGGACAAUGGAAGUACAUCGUUAAUACCGGCGAGCAUACUCAGACACUAAGACUCGAGAAGUGCUUAAAACCAAAGGAAUCGUGUACGUAUCUCACCGACAAUUUCAAAUCAAAAUGCGUGCAAGUUUACAAUUAUCAUAGACUUCUUACAUGGGAUCAACAAAAUGGACUUCAUAUGGACAUAUUUAAGGUGCCCACAUGUUGUUCAUGCCAUAUUGAGGGAUAUAGUGUAUCAUUCCCUCCUUUGGGGCAUAGGGUUCACGAAACGUCAUCUGAACAAUUCCCCAGUGAAGAUCUCUCAUCGGAACAUGGUAAUCAAGCUUUUGAAUCUGUUCAAUCAACGAUUCAUAGACCAAGCGUUAGCAAGUCCCCACCAUUUACACACACUAAACCAUUAGAGACGUUCCCACCUUUUAGUGAUAAUCACAAUUUGAUAUCAGGUGUACCGUUUAGUAAUGGAAAGCAUUCUGAUAACGAAGAGCUAAACAGUGGUAACAUUCCACCCACAAAUCCUAUGGAUUCCUAUGGAAACACCUAUUUUCACGAUUCAUUUAACCAAGCAAGUUCUGUGCGUAAUAUUAAGAGACCUUUAUCUUCAAGAAUACCUGGUUCGUUAAACAAUUUUGAAACAGUCACGUUACCGAGUUAUUUAGAGCCUCCUACUCCAUCUGCGCCAAAUUCUUUCACAUUUCUUAAUGAAACUCCAAAUAAAUAUAAAAUUACUGGAAGUCAAUUUAAAAGGGGACCUAUAAGACCCAACAGAAGACCCAUCAGAAAGAAAAUAUCUGGUGGUCCAGAAGACUUAAUAUCGUCUGGAACAUCUGCUGUUGAAUCACUUUCAGAUUCUCCAUUAGAAACGAUGGAAGAUUUCAGUGAAGAUUUGGAAGAACUUGAAAUUGGUCAAGGUACUUUAAAAACAAAUGCUCCUAAGAGGGUUACCAUUGCGCCAAAGUUGCAAGCUGUAACUCCGGAAACAAUUUCAUCAACAUACAGAUCAGAAGAACCAAAUGUAAAUAAAGAAAUUUUUACGUCAAAUGGUAAGAGAGUAAAUUACAAUUACCAUCCAAUCAUAGAUUUUUUUGAUCAAGACGAAAAAGGAAACGAAAAUGACUCUAUUGAUAGAGAAGAUAGUGAACAUACUUACGUUGCUAAUGUUCAAUCAGAAUGGAAACCAAUUAAUCAUCCAUCAUCUAAAAGUAAUGUGCAAUCUCAAAAUAUAAAAAGGAAAAAACAUUGA